AUGCAGACGCUGUGGCCCGGACAGGAGAUACGGGCAGGGCCAGUGGGGGACGGACGGAGCAGAUGCAGGUGUGCGGCCGCCCUGGUGAAGCGGGUCUCUCGCAGGAGCGCCCCCCGGCCGCCCCCAAGGCUUCCUGGUGCGGGGACGGGGCGCCCAGCUGAGCCCCCCUCAGCCCGGGGAGGACCACACAGCCUGAGCCCCAGUGUGGCGAGACCCUCUUACAGAUCCCCUCAGGGAUGCGAGGGAAAUUCAGUGGGAGCCACAGGAAGAGGGUGCUCCCACAGGGAAGAGGGACACGGGCCUCGACCCAGCAGUGAGGGAGCUGACAGGACCGGGGCCCUCAGCUGUGAGAGCAGAGUCCUAACUACCGGGCCACCACGGAAUUCCCACGGUUGCCUGCUGUCGACUCCAGGAGGCCCCAGUUCUGGAAGCUGCCCGGAUACCCCAGCCUGGGCAGACCCCCACCCAGUGCGGCCCCAGCAUCAGGAUCCAGCUUGGCCGAUGUGGGCCCAUGGAGUGUUGGACCCAGGGGAGGCAGAGGAGACAGAACAGGAAGAGGAAGAAGGAAUCCAGCCUGCUCUGAGGCCCCAGUGGGUCCUGGCCGGUGGCUGCAGACUCAAGACCCCCGGGGAGCACGUCACCCACCCAGGGCCCCAGGCUGGUGGAGAAGGAGGACUUGCCUCCCAGUGGGGGCGCCGGGCACACAGUGGAAGCAGCAGUCCCCCUCAGGUGGAGUUGUUGAAAGGGCGAGGGGUGGGACAGGAAGACCCCCCUCAAGACUCAAGAUGGAGCAGGCUGGAGCAGGCUACACCCCACUCCCCACCACCAGAGAAGGUCCCCUCGGGAGGAGUGCCCGGGAGGUGGGGGGAGGCUCUUCCUGGAGAGUAACACCCGCCCCCCAUGUGCACGCCACGCAUCCCAGCCUGGGCUGGACUUGCACAGAAAGUUCACGCUUGCUCUACACCACAGGGGUGCUCCAGUUCCUAGGCGCGGACCCAGGCAGUCGUGGGUCCGCCCUGCAAGCAUCAUUACGUGGUUUUGUGGAAGACAGAAGACCCCCCAGUUUGCUCCCAGGGGAGCCUCAGGUCAGGGUGCUCCUAGAGCCCCAGGGAGGCUGGACCUGCCCAGCAAGUGACCAGUGUUGGCAGGCCCCCCGAGGCGGAGACAUCCAGGGCAGACGUGGCAUGUGAGACCAUAUCCCCCUGCUCACAUUUCACUUCUGACAUCAGGAACUCCCACAAAAAGCCAGCGAGUGGGGGGCACUUGGGGCCGGGCAGGCACAGCCAGGGAACUGAACAGACAGAGUGGUAAGGAAGAGGCCAGAGAGCCUGAAGAAAUAGAAAGACGUGACGGACUUAAAAGGGAGCUGGUUGGCAGAGCGGACACAUGCAGGCGGGGCCGAAGCAGAAACAAUCUGUAACCAGCUGCCACCAGGACCCCCCCAAGCCAGGUCCAGAGUCCUCGGACAGACUCUCCCCAGAGCGGCCCCUCCCACACUACUGAGGAGGCCAGGGCCCCCCAAGCCCCCCAUUCCGAAACCACUGCUGACCCGUCCCAGUCUCGGCUGUUCUGUGAGUGUGUGGGGGUGGCCUCAGACCCCCUGCCGACAGAGUUUCUCCCUGCUCCACUUGCUAAGACACAAAUGCCAUCACAUGUCCACCACCCCGGAAGACCCUCCCUGGUGUGGAAACUUUGGUCCUCAGCUGCUCCUGAGAAGGCCGACCUUCCUGUCACCUUGCCUGGAGUUUCCUGCAAUUCCCACUUUGCCAGCUCAGCGGAGCAAGUCGAGAGAAAAGUGAUCUUUCAGACCAGGGUUUUUAACAGAGAAACACUGUCAAUGGAAAACUCACUCCUAUAAAUAGGAUUUCACUGCGCUUCAUGUUGAGUGGCACCGUUUUUCUUUCUACACUGGGGACGGAGUUCUCCAGUGCUGGAAGGCAAGGACAUUCCCUCUGUCCUGCACUAAGGACCCGGACAAGCCCAACACACGGGAAAGCUGGCCCGCCGGAGCC